AUGUCAUUCAUACCUGGUACUCUCUAUGUUUUGAAAGACGACGGAGAGUUUGAGAUCACUCGGGAUGGUUUGGGCAAUUCAGCGCGGAGCUCACCACUCAAGCGCCAACGCGCUGAAUCAAUAGCUUCAUCAUGCACCCUGGGGAGUUCUACUCCAUAUUCAUCAGAACCCGAUCUUCAGAUCAUCGAAACUGCUAUUGUGCCUAAGCCUGUUGCUCGCUCCAAACCAGACGUACAGAUCGUCGAUCCACCAACAGCAAACAUGGAAUUCAGCAAGACACUAGAAGUUCCUGCUUCGAAGCGUCCUAAGUGCAAUACACCAAACAAGUCAGACUCCAAAUCUACCGAGGCUCCCCAGUAUCACCCAGAACCACCCACAGUGUUUGACAUCGACGGUUUCGAAGAGUUAAAAUAUGGUCCGGGAGGCAUUAUCAAUGUUGAUGAUCUGGAAGAACGAUUUGAGAAUGAAUUCUACGGUGAAGCUACUCAAAACCAAGCGCGAGCUCAACCAAUUGCUGCUAGGAAUCUUCCAAUCUGCUUCCCUCUAGAAGAACUCGAUUCAUUUGAUGUUCGUGGCGUCUAUCUCAAGAAAGGCAAGACAGUUGAAUUCUUGAACGGGAGCUUUUUGAAGAUCGCCAAGAUCAUAAAGAAUACAUAUACGGAGGAAGUUGUUCUUCGAGGAUGGUUGAUGAAGAGAUGCUCCCAUAUGAAAGGACUUCUGCCAAAGAAGUUGAAUGAGGUCUGCUUUGUUCUCGAAGUCGAGCUUGAUGACCCAAGACCGGUCAUGGAGCAAGCAAUGGUGCAAGUUGGAUUAGAGGGCUUGGUGAAGAUUCGGCACGUUGUCUCGACCAACUAUCCUCAUCCACAUCUCGGCUUCCCUCGAACCGGCCUUCCUUAUGAUACGAAAGAAGAUAACAUGGAAUAUGUGAAAGACUACGAGCGAUUGGUUGUCCGCUGGAAAUGCCUUACGUACUACGACAAUGCCAGUGAGCACGCGAGAAUUCUUAAGUAUCCGAUUAACAUCCGCAAGAAACUACUGCUUGGCCUUACGGAGAAGGAGUGUACCCCUGGAUGUUUCAUGGAUCCGGCUACGCUGAGACACAAAUGGCGAGGCGAUACAGUCAUCGGUGGCUCUGGACGGAUGGAGCUACCGAUAGUUUCUCCUCCUGUUCAACGAUUGUCCGAUCACGCCUAUGAAUGUCACCAGUGUGGUGAAGGUUUCAGCAGAGCUGAGAGGCUAUUGGAACACUUUCAAAGCACCCAUGAGCAUCAAUCUCGUCGACACCGAUCCACACCUUUUCAACGUCAAAGAAACCAGUCAUCAAUUAUUGAGAUUCUGGAUGACGACGAUGACCAUACAAGUCCACGAAGACAAAGAGCUUCUCAAGCGCAAAUUGAGGAUAUCCGCGUGAGGCUGAGCUCGAUUUUAAGUCUAGAUGGAGACAAAGCCAACGACAAUAACAAGGUGCACCUUGUUCGGGAAGAUACGAGAAGCGUCGAGGUUGACCUUACUUCACACAAGUCAUCUGGCAGAAGAGACCCGCCAAGACCUGACAGAAGACGGGUCCAGCAUGGCGGAAGAACGCACAAGAAUGGUUCAACGUAUACAUACGGGGAUGCUUUUUGCGGUGCUGGAGGAACGACCAGAGGUGCUGUUUCAUCGGCUCUCCAAGUCCUUUGGGGACUGGACGUCGAUAAGAACGCUUCCAAGACAUGGAAAGAGAACUUCCCAAAUGCUACACAUUACGAGAUGUGGGCGCACGAUCUUGUUGCGAAUAUCAAUGCUAACAGACAUCUUUUCGUUGAUAUACUCCACCUGUCGCCUCCCUGCCAGGUGUUUUCGCCUGUCCAUACAAGAGUCGGUAAGAAUGACCAACAAAACUUCGACUCGUUGUUCGCCUGCGAUGCUUUGGUUCAUAAUUCUCGCCCACGAAUUAUCACCCUGGAGCAGACUUUCGGUAUCUUGCAUCCUAAGUUCGAGGCUGCUUUCAAUAGCUUGAUUCAGAUCUUCACGAGCUAUGGAUAUUCGGUCUCCUAUCAAAUCGUUCAGUUUCAGAACUAUGGUCUCGCACAGACUCGUCGUCGCUUGAUUAUCAUUGCUGCUUGCCCUGGCGAGACGCUCCCUGAAGUUCCUCAUUACACCCACUCCAAAGAUACGAGCCCCCUCAAACCUCUCACCAGUGUUCGCAGCGUCUUGAACAGUAUCCCAGCCGUUUGCCCCAAUCACGAUCUCGAAGCAGCAUUCGUAAGAGGUACAAACAGACCUGCUUGGGAUGCAUCAUGUGCCAUUCCUACGAUCACCUGUAAUGGUGGAACUCGUGGACAUCCCGAUGGGAAGCGAGGAUUCACUGAGAGAGAACUGGCUGCGCUCCAAUCAUUUCCAAAUCAUCAUGUCUUCCAUGGAGCUUCGAUCAAGAAACAGAUUGGAAAUGCUGUCCCACCUCUCAUUGCCGAAAUCUUGUUCAAGGCCAUAAUCAAGCAUCUCAAGAAGGUUGAUACAGCUGAGCAAGAACGACGCGCAGAGGUUAUCGAUUAA